AUGGCGCGGCUACACGGCUCCAGCUUCGCGGUUGCGCUGCUGCUGCUGUGCCUAGCCGGGAAUGCCGUGGCUUCCAGGGUGUGGGUGUACACUCUGGUCAACACCGACUACCACGGCAACAAGCUGCUGCCCCACUUCCUGAACUACUACCACGGCCAGGGCAUCACAUGGCGCCGCUUCCUGGUGCUGCUGCACCACACGCCGGGCAGGUACAGCCGCAAGGGGCUGGAGGACGCCAUGGGCAUCUGCUCGGGAUACGCGGUGGAGUGCAGGGUGUGGGAGGGGCGGUACUCGUCUGAGGAGCACAUGGUGCAGCAGCUGUCCAUGCUGGCGGACUACGUGUCAGACCCCACGGACUGGGUGGUGGCGGCGGACGUGGACGAGUUCCAGGACUGGGGAGGAAAGUUCAUCAAGCAGGCGAUUGCUGACCUGGCUGAAAGCCAGAUGCCCAUGGCCACCUACAUCCGCGGCAGGUUUGUGGACCGCGUGGCGGCGGGAGGCGUGCUGGCGGCGGUGGCGCAGCCCAUGGGCGACACCGCGGCGGGCGUGGCGCCGCUGUUCCAGCAGUACCCGCUGGCCUGCCAGGUGGCCAACAAGCUGUACAAGGGCUGGGACACCAAGGUGGUGGCCUUCAGGGCGCAUCACCGCACCAGCCGCGGCAGCCAGCACCUGGUGGAGGCAGACGACGCGCGGGCGUACUACGGCACCUGCGACCCGCCCCCCGCCAAGUGCGCCCGCCCGCGCGGCAUCAACCUUGACCUGGACCUCUUCAACCAGACCCCCUACCACCGCUUUGCGGACAAGUACCGGUAUAAGGACACGCCAGAAGCUGAGGAGAAGCUGCCGCCGGAGCUGCGGCUGUGGAUCGGCCUGGCCGCCGACAGCGUGGUGCCCAUCCACCACUUCAAGUGGCACGCGGGGCUGCUGAGCAACAUGAAGGACCGCAUGGAGUGGUACAGCGGCGACUGCAAGCUGGGCGAGAACGAGGACAGCUGCACUCCGCGGCUGGCGCACUGGAAGGAGAGCGCGCUGACGGUGGCGGCGCUGGAGGCGGGGCAGCCCAUCGACGUCAAGGCCAUGGGCUGCGCCAAGCCUGAGCAGGACAUAGGCAUCAACACCACCUUUGCGGGGGCGGCCUGGGAGUGGAUGGAGGACUGGCUGGACGUGAAGGAGGGGGCCAGCGGGAACACGGUGCCCAAGCAGUACCGCAACGGCCAGUUCAAGGACACGGCGUGA